AUUUCCAUAGAAACCAAUAAAGCAAGAGCCAAACAUCCAAAACUGCAAAAGUCUUCGUCAAUUCGGUAAUUUAAAUCCAUAUCCUCUCCUUCAUUAUAUAGUUCCUUUUGAAAUACAAAGCAAGAAAACUCUCAAAGAACAGAAAUUUCUGAAACUGCACACGGUCUUGCAGAAGGGGACAGCAUGGCUGGAGGUUCGCUCGGAGACAACAUAGGAUUGAAGGAAGAUGUCAUCAAGAGGGUAUGUGGUUUAGCCUUCAAAGCUCACAAGCACAAGACACAAGACAAGCUCUACUUUUACGAAAAGGUUCAAAUUUCUUCCGGAACUUACCAUGUUUUCAGCUUCUCAGGAUCUUGGGAUGCCACUGAAUGGUUUGUUAACAAACCCUAUGGAGAAACUAAGAUAGAUCUUACCCUGUUCCCUUCUCUCAGAAGUAUUGGUAACGACGAAGCUGCUUUGGUGAACCAAGGCUUCGCAAAGAGAUUCGACCACAUAUUCAAAGCCACCCCAUUUAAAUCCGAGGUAAAUAAGGCUAUUGGAGAUGGGAAACAAGUGGUGUUUACGGGGCACUCCUCUGGUGCUGCUAUGGCCGUAUUUGCAACAUUUUGGACCUUGGAAGAGUACCUUAAUCCAACCAAAACUCAAAAACCUAAACCACCCUUCUGUGUCACUUUUGGGUCUCCCUUAAUUGGUAAUCAUAUAUUCUCUCACGCUUCAAGGAGAGAAAACUGGUCUCGCUAUUUCAUACAUUUUGUUUUGAGAUAUGACAUAGUGCCACGGAUUUUGCUUGCUCCCCUAUCUUCUAUUGAGCAAACUGUUGGUUCUAUUUUCCAAUUCUUGAAUCCCAAGUUCAAAACUUCCAUCCAAGAUUCAACAAAAGCAGCUGAAUUUUUCUCAUCUGUGAUGAGAAACACAGCCAGUGUUACAAGCCAUGCUGCAUGCAUUCUCAUGGGCAGCACAAAUUUGUUACUUGAGACAGUGGCAAACUUUGUUGACUUGAGUCCUUAUAGGCCCUUCGGAACAUACAUUUUCUGCAAUGGAAAUGGACAGUUGAUUGUGGUGAAAAACUCUGAUGCCGUUUUGCAACUGUUAUUCCACACUGCUCAGCUAAGCGAUUUGGCAGAACUUCCAGAAGUUGCCGAAGUUAGCAUAUUGCAACACCAAUCAUAUGAGGCUGAGUUGGAAGAUAGCUUGGGAAUGCAGAAUAUAGUAUACCUGGAACAACUUGAGCAACUUCCCUUGUCUGCUGAUGGUUCUGACAGUGAUGUUGCAACAAUUAGCGCAGCUUUGGAUGGCCUUGGACUGAGCACAAGAGCAAGGUUGUGUCUACGAGCAGCAGGUGAGUUGCAAAAGCAGAAACAGAAAAACGAGGAGAAGAUCAAUAAGGAGUUUGAGGAUAAAGCUGUGGCGAGCAUGAGGUAUCUGGAGAACUACAAAACAUCAUGCGAGGUGCAAAAGGGGACAGGGUACUACGAUGCUUUUAAGGUGCAGAAGGAGGAAAACGACUUCCAAGCAAAUGUGAAGAGAUUAGUGCUGGCAGGGGUAUGGGAUGAGGUGAUUGAGAUGCUGAAGAGGUAUGAACUCCCAGAUGAGUUCGAAGGGAAGAUAGAAUGGAUUCAACGUGGAAUCAACUUUCGUCGCCUUGUGGAGCCUUUAGACAUAGCCAACUACCAUCGGCAUUUGAAGAACGAGGACACGGGACCUUACAUGAGCCGGGCGAGGCCAAAACGAUACAGAUACACUCAAAGAUGGUUGGAGCAUGCGAAGAGGGAGCCAAAAGCUGUUCCCAUCACUGAAUCCUCCUUCUGGGCUGAAGUGGAAGAGCUUCAUAGCUGGAUCAAUAGCAAGAAGGCUUUUGAUGAAGUCAAGGAAAGGGUUGAGCAACUUCAACGUGACCUUAAAAAGUGGACUGAUGAAAACGAACUCACCAAGGAUACUUUCUCCAAGGACCCUAGCUUCAUUAGAUUGUAUGAAAUUCUGCCUCCUGAAAACAAGGCAAACAUAACUGCUCUUCUUGCCAAUGUCAAAGGAUUUUAAUUUUAACUAUAGAGCUUUUCAUUUGUAUCGUCAUGAACCUGUGCUAGCUAGUUCAGUGUUGUUUUCUAACUUUGUAUUCCUUUUGUUUAUGUAUCAUUCCCAAGUUUUGUCUGACUUGUGAGAAUCGUAAGUCAUUCAGACUGAUAUACUAAAUAAAUCUGUUGUAUACUACUAUC